AUGAUUAUGAGGAAAAUGAUCUAGUUCUUGAUACAAUUCAUGACUUAAGUUUAUUUUUUGAAAAUUCUACUAAUUGUACUUGCCAUCGAACUCCAAGACAAAAAGAUCUUAGAACCUGCUUUGAAAAAUUAAUGUCAUUCGAACUUACUGAUGAAAAAUCA